AUGCUGGACAAAGACGACGGGCGCUCCCUGGAGGAGCACGGCGUGAAGGAGGAGAGCACGCUGCACCUGGCCGUGACCUGGCCCAUCGACAUCUUCGUCAGGGGGCCCCGCGGGGCGGUCCUUUACCUCAGAGAUCUGGAGCUCUCGGACACCGUCUGGACCGUCAAGGAGAAGAUUUCUGACAAGGAUGGCGUCCCGCCGGCCCUGCUCCGGGUUGUUUAUGGCGGGAAGCAGCUGGAGGACGGCAGCACCCUGGCGGACUGCAAUGUGAGGAACCACACGACGGUCCAUGCGGUCCUUCGCCUCGGUGGCCGCUGCCUAAUCAUCGCGGAUGAGCGUGCGAGUAGGAAGGAGACAACAUGGUACUGCGAGUAG